AGUAGCCUCAGUGGAGGAGAACUGCGUGAACUACCAGCAGGGGACCCCUGAUAAGAUGUUUCUGGUGCAGACAGUCCAACAAGCCAACAUGGAGGAUAUUCCAGGACUAGGACGUAAGUAUUGCUGUAAGUUUUCUGUGGAAGAAAUUAUCCAAAAACAAGUGACAGUGAACUACACAGCUGAAGUACUUUACCUGCCAGUGGGACAAGAUACUGCACCUGAAGUCAGUUUCACAUCUGAAGGGGAAACUGGAAAGAACCCAGAUGAAGAAGAUAAUACAUUUUAUCAAAAACUCAAAUCCAUAAAGGAACCACUGGAAGCACAAAACAUUCCAGACAGUUUUGAAAACAUAUCUUCAGAAACGAAGCCAGUUUGGCAUUUAGCCUGGGUUGCCUGUGGUUAUAUAAUAUGGCAGAAUUCUAGUGAAAACACGUGGUAUAAAAUGGUAAAAAUUCAAACUGCCAAGCAAGUGCAAAGAAAUGAUGACUUCAUUGAGUUAGACUACACCAUUCUACUUCAUGACAUUGCAUCUCAGGAGACUAUUCCUUGGCAAAUGCAAGUUCUCUGGCAUCCAUAAUAUGGUACUAAAGUAAAACAUAACAGCUGUCUGCCAAA